AUGUUAUUUGAUAAAAUUGCUUCACCACGAGUUAUUACUUCGAUAUCACGUUCUAUAUUAUAUCGUCCACAGUUAAAAUUGUUCAUGAGUACAGAGAUUCGUAAGGCAAUUGAGGAUGCCAUUGCUUCUGCUCCUGUUGUAUUAUUUAUGAAAGGUACUCCAGAAUUUCCACAAUGUGGAUUUUCAAGGGCUACAGUGGCUCUUCUUGGUAAGCAAGGAGUAGACCCAGUUAAGUUUGCUGCAUACAAUGUCCUUGAAGAUCCAGAAUUAAGGGAGGCAAUCAAGGAAUUUUCUAACUGGCCAACUAUCCCUCAACUAUAUGUAAACAAGGAAUUUGUUGGUGGCUGUGAUGUCCUUACUAGCAUGGCUAGUAGUGGAGAGUUAGCUGAUCUUCUUGAAGAAGCUGAUGCUUUAAUAUCUGAGGAGGCAGAAAAUCCGCAGGUCGAACAAGAACAAAAUCAAGAUAUCAGCAAGAAGAAUUAA